UAUAGUACAAUCACAAUACUCUUCAAUUGGAGGCGAAUAAUUCUUAAGGCGUUCAAGGCCGCUUAUUUGGGUGAAUCGCUUUUUCUUUGCGCAUUGACGCUGUUUCCCUGAAUUAUGGACUAUUUUAGCGGCGAGGUGCCCCCUGAGCCAGGAUGCUGUUGAAUGCAGAGAGGCUUCUACACAAGGGGCCAGAGUUCUGUCAGGCCGUCAAGUUUGUGAUCAAACUCCAGAUCUCUACUUUGCUUCAGCAGCUUGCAGAGUCCGGUGAGGAGUCUGUUGUUCUGACGGCCAAUGUGACGGACGGUACUGCAGACAGGCUAGCCUCGCACCGGGGGGCUGGAUUCCUGGAGGACCAUGAACAGCUCGGCAGCCAGUUCCUGGCUUAUUGUGCAGAGACGCGUCGUUUCUCCGUGGAUGAUGAAUCCGACCAUCUACCUCAACGCAGUUCCUACAGCGAGAACACCCUCCUCUCUCCCUCACUUGUUACCUCAGUGUCUCCAUAUAGUAGGACGGACGUUAUUAGGGCGCGUUAUGAACGUGAAAGUAGUACCUCAGACUCUGUGUUCUCACCCGAUCGGAGAAAAAGUAGUGCCAGUUCAAAAUCACUGGAGGAAGACGUGGCCAUGCUUACCAGCCAGGACUAUCCUGACACACCGAGAUCGCUCGGGGAAUCGUCCGGUACCUGGCCCGAGACUGCCGGAUCUGUCUCCCUGGAGCCAACUGGGAACCGGCACAUGGGAAUGAACAGGAGUCCGACGAGCCGAACCGCGCAGGAGUCCGAGAAGUCCAAACAGUCCGCUAAGAGUCCAAUGACUGAAAGCCUGGAGCAUAUACGGCAGAUUUCCAUAUCUAGUCCAUCAGAGGGCCAGUAUAAGAAGUAUCCAACACACUCCGGAGGGUUUUCCUGUGGGGGGUUGGAUCAUCAGCGGCUGCCGCCCAUGUUUGAGCUCGUUCCUCCGCCUAGGAAGCUGGGGUUUGUGGUUCCCAGCUCGGUUGCAGAGGAUUUCAAAGGGAGCAUGGGGACCAGUGGUGGUGGUGGAUGUGGGGUCUCGGACUCGGAGAUGAUGGAACAAGGGGCCAUCAACCUGGCUGCUGGAACCAACACAGGUGGGCAUGGGCGGUCCAGCAGCAGUAGUCAGGGUGGCGACCACUCCCCUUCCACGCCCAGCACGUGUGACGCUGUGUUUACGUACUACAAGAAACCUCUGACUGGUUACUCAGAGAGGGCACUGGGCACCCCACAGAUAUCCGAGGAAACUGUGACCCAAUCUGACAGUGAGUCUGGCUACAGACUGGUUCAGAGCUAUGAUAGAGACCGACUUGACCCGGCAUCUUCUUCAUUAAAAUACAAGUCAGCAUUACUACCUCCAGAACACGGAAAUCAGUCUCAGUCGUCCCAGUCUCAGACGUCGGGAACCGUACCGUCCGAGCCUUACUCGUCGCUGACGGAAGGUCGGGAGUACCAGUCUGAACUGGGGGAGAUAUAUCGCCUGCCGAAGAAAAUGGAAUCGAAAAUGUACAAUCAGCGUCAUGGUUCUGGAAGUGGGUCUGUGUCAGGUGUGUCAGGGGUUGCAAGGAAACAAGGGAAAGAUAGUCAGGAGAGACGGGGAAGUGACUUGCUGGGGCUACAUUCGUACGAUAACGCAGGCGAGGGUAAGGAACGAGAGCAAUCUGGGGCAACAAUGGAGAGUCUAAAAUCAGCUGCCGACCUGCUGGCACAGUCCGACAUAUCAAAGUCGUUCGAGGAGGCUGUGAAGAUACAGCAGAGCUUGUUCCAGUCCAGUGUGGGGAUGUUCGCACCUGUACAGCGGCAGUUUAUACCACCAGGUCGACCUUUCUCACAGCGGGAACGCAGUCAGUCGUUAAGCGAGUUUCACAGCCUUGCUUCGCACGAGAUCUCAAACCACGCAGGGCGGGCGCGCUGUCCGAGCUCGAGUUUUGCUGAAAACCUGGACACACCACUUGUGAUUGAUGAUGAUGACAAAGGAGACGAGGAUGCAAGAGAAGGUCUGGACCUAAGCAACAAGAAACGUAAGAUGUCUGCUGAUGAUGUAUACACGAUAGUUGGGGAGGAGAUGCCAGAAGGGGCUGGGCUUCAGGGGCUCCAGUCAGCCAAUCAGGGGGAAGAUGCCGAUUACGAGCGGAUGGUUCAGGGAGGGGCCGGGGGAAGUGGAGCAGGGGGUGGGGAUGGGACAAAAAAAUACGGGAAAGGGAAUUUUAUAAAAGUCUCGACUGGGUACCAGUGUCGUAUAUGCUGUCGUGUGAUAAGGCAUAUGAACAACACGACGGCACACAUGCGUAUUCAUGCUAAUGUGAAGCCGUACAAGUGUCAGGUGUGUAAUCAGCAGUUUAAGUACGAGGUGGACCGAAGAUAUCACUUCUCUAAGAAUCAUGUUGAUCUCUUUUCCAAGAUGUACUUUCCAGAUGAAAAAAAGUCAAACUAAGAAGUGUUUACAGUUUCUUGAUAAAAAAAGAUCAAACUUAGCAGUGUUUUCAGUUUCCGGGAGAAAAACAGUGUUCUCCUAUAUAUUAGAAGGUCAACUAAAGCAGUGUGAAGAUUUCCCGCUGAGAAUAGUCACCAUAAGUGUUGAAAUAAAGCAAGUGUUACCAAGUUUAAAUUGUCCUUUGUAUGCCAAGAUUGUACAUUCUGUUUUGUUUUUGCAAGAAUAACUGUAGAUCUCUUUAUAAGAAGUAUUUUAAUUAAUGAAAACAAGUCGUCGUUGUAAACUGUUAAAAAUGUUUUUUUUUAAUAGAAUUGUUUAUACCAAAGUUGAUCUUUCCUGUUUUCUCUAUUUUCUGAUUUGUAUGGUUAUAUCAUCAAGCUUUAUGGAUUUUGUCAUUGAAUCAUAGGCAUCAUCUUCAUAUAUGUCAUCUCUUAGCACCCAUUUUUAUUAAAAGUAUAACUCAGUUUUAAAAUUUAAAAAAAUGAAGCGAUACAUUUGUUAACAAAAAAUGCAUACCUCAAAGCUGUGUUUUUAGUUUCACAGAUUGUAUUUUAUGUAAUCACAUUUAGCUGUUGCUUGUAUUAAGUGAUAUGUUCAGCCCUUUUGUUUAUAAUGAAUAACAUCUUAAAUUUGUUUCAUGGAUUUAUACAUGCUAAAAUUAGUUUGAGAAAAUUCAAGUGGCCUUUGUGACAAAAAAAUGUCAGUUUACGUUGUAUGCUAUGUAUAAAUUCACUUUCACCAUUGAAUAACUUAAAGAUGAAAUGGCAUGACUGUUGAUGAUUUUAAAUUAUACUUCUUUUUAUUUUAUUGAUGAAAAUUUAACUUGACAAAUUGUUAAGUAUAAAAAGACAGUUAUUGCAGUUCAAAAUUGUUGUCUUUGUAUUUUAAGAUUUUUAUUUUAGACAAAAUUAUUACAGAUAAUUUUUAUACCUGUUUGUUCUACUUUAUAUAAAUGUUACAUUUUAAGAUAUAUAGCUUUAAUUCUAAAAUUUAGCAUAGAAAAAAUGAAAUACAUAUUUUAAGAGUGUUAAAAGCUGUGAUAAUGUUAAGGAAUCAAAUAUAUGUCGUCCCAUAUUUAUUUGAAGUGAUCACAUAUAUUUAUAAUGGUUUACAAAACAAACACAAUCAUUACUUUAAAAUAGUUAGCUUAUAUUAUUGUUUUUAGAUUAAUGUAGGGUUUUGAACAUAAUUAUAUUUGAAAAAAAAACAAUUCAUUACAAAAAUCAGGUUACAAGUCAGUUGUUAAGACUUUCACAUGGUUGAAUUGAUAGGUACAUGGCACGUUUUGACAACUGUUUUAAUUUGUUUUCUGUGUUGUUUUGUAUGAAAUCAGUGUGCUUAUUUUUUAUGUUAUGAUUUAUCUUUUAUAUUGUAUCAGUAUUUGAAAUUAGCAUUUUCAAAAUGACUUCCCUAUUCCACUUGUUACCUUACAAUUUUAACAAUUCCAAAACUAAUUUUACAAGUCUGAAUUUAUUAGUAAGAAAACAAAUGGGGAAAUGGGAUACCUGAUUUAAAAUGAGUGUGCAGAAUACAGGUAUUUUCAAUAAUGACUUCAUAAAAGUAAAAAAAAAAAGCAUUCAUAUUUACUUGUUAAUUUAGGCAUCGCUAUAAACAAAAAUUAAUUUUUCUCUGCUUAUGCAUGUUGAUUUUGCUUGUCCGCAAAAAAAACGUAAGUCUUCAAUAAGUCAAAAUUUGAUAAAUCUAUUAGAUGUGUAACAACUUGAUGCAUUAUGCUAUUUUCUAAUGUAAUCCAAUAGAAAAUUGAAAGUAGUAUACCAUUGAUUAAUAAAGAAAUGUUCAACUUUUUUAAUGUCUGAUUUCUUGCAAUAAUAUUGUUUUUGCUGGGCAGGCAAUCAUUGGAUUUGUUGUUGUCUGAUUUGUCUGAUUUCAUUUAAAAAUCACAUCGGCAAACAGGUGAUCACCUCGGCAAACAGGUGAUUGUGAAUUUCAAAGACUGUUAUGUUGCUGACUUUUCUUGUUGUUUAGUGCUAAAAGUUAUGGUUUUUGUGCUAACAUUUAUGGUUUUGUGUUUUUUUUCUGUUGUAACAAGUUCUAAUGGUUUCUGUUAUUGUAUUGUAUUGACUUUAUGUUGUAUUCACUAUUGAUUAGUUGUUAUUGAUUGUUCUCUUUUUCUUGUUUUAUUUUGCUUCAGCUACUUUCAGGAUUGUUAAAUAUCAUAGCUUCUCUUUUCAGUAGAUACAACCACAAACUAUUGUCAUUCUAGUGCUACAUGGUUACAUCACAUUCUGACAUUGUCAAAUUUUAUCUACAAAACGGAACUUUACCAAUCCAUUAAUAUUAUUUGUAACAAUCUUGCCAGCAAUCAGUUUGCCUGUUCAAUAUUGCGUACAAAAUUCAGCUGUCAAAUUGAUGUAUUGAAUGGCAAAGUAUUGCUUGAAAAUAAUCUGUGGCUUAAGUUGUACUGUAAGAACUAAGUCUGAACUUGCUAAUAAUUGUAUUAAAGUUAUUUAAGUGCAUGUUUUUUAUUUUCAGAAUACAGAAUAGCAUAACUAUUACUUAUAUAAACAUUUCAAUGGGAUAUUAUUCUCAUACAUUUCAUUUGCACAGGCACUUAUGGGACUUUUAUUUAACUUCUGUAAGGGCCAAGAACUCUUUUCUUCAAACAUAAAAACUUUCAGUGUUCCUUAAACACAGACAUGUUCAUAGUAUUGCUUUACUAGUAAAAAGCAUGGUUAUAGAGACAGUAUUUUUGCUGCAAUGAUAAUUAAAGUUGAUUAAGUUUUUCACAAGAAAUGGAGUGCAUUGUUACGUUAUUUACAGAAUUUGUGAUAUUGUUAUUGCAUGAAGCUGAAAGCUUUCAUCUAUGGCUGUCAUUUUCACCUGAUAGGUUGUUUUGUUCUGCUGCAACAAACUCUAUCAUGCCUUUGUUUAAGUGUUAGUUAACCUAUAUUCAAUAAGUGUUAGUUAACUAUUGUUAAAAAAUUUGUUAAUACACAGUUUAAUAGCGAAAUUCACAAAUGUUUAUAUUAUAUAUAGCAGUAGCUGGUUUCAUGUUAGGUAAGAUUCAAAAUAACAUUUGAUAAGAUUUUAUCUUCGGUGUUUAUCAUAAGCAAAGGAUGUUUUUUCAUUCUGAUGCAGCAAACUCUGUCAUUGUUUUAUUGAAAGGCAUAAGAAUUAAAAAUCAUAGUCUAUUUAACCAUAAACCAUUAGAGGAAAUAAUAUUUGAAAUGUUACAUUUUAGAGUAACUUACAUACUAUGCUACAAUUUUGUAAGUAUAGAUUUUAUAGGCAAAGCUUAUCUUGGACAAAGCUUAGAACUAUGUUAUUAACCCUUUGCAUGCUGGGAAAUUUGUCGUCUGCUAAAAUGUCAUCUGCUGAAUUUCUAAAAUUAGCAUUAUCUUCGAUUUUUUUCAAAGAAUACUAUCAGAAUAGCAAACAGUUUGGAUUCUGAUGAGACGCCACAUUCUGUGGCGUCUCAUCUGGAUCCAAACUGUUUGCAAAGGCCUUCAAAAUUCGGUUCCAGCGCUGAAAGGGUUAAUAUUAAAUGUAUCAUUUACAAAGCUCACAUUUAAGAUGUUACAUUGUGUUUAUGUUCUACUCAUAUAUGUGAACAUUAAAAUUUGAUUUCAGGUAUCAUUAAAUUAUAGGGUCCUACCUUUUUCAACAAAAAUACCUCACAAGGAACGAGUUCAAAGGAAUUGGGUAAAAGAUGUUCUAUUGUAUUCUUUUCUUUGGAAAAAAUCUGUCAAAAUUCAGGAAAUGUAUUUAUAUUUUUUUAGAAUUAAAAUAUUUAUUUCAUGAUAUUCAUCAAAUUGAAAGGUAUGUUCAAGUAAGAAUGCAUCAAGGUCUGUGUCAGACUAACUUCAGCUAGCUAUAAUCUGUUGUGUUCAUCACAACAUAAGUUAAUCAGCUGAUUUGUUUGUUACUGAGCUGUAAUUCCUUUAAGAAGGCAAGAUAUGCAUAAUAUUACAUUACAUUACGACUUGGAAAUAACAGAAAAUUGUGUUAGCACAUCAGUUGCUGCAUAUAUCUGUUUACAAUAUACACUGUUGAUAACUCUGUUUAUACAUGCUACAUGUAUAUGUAUUCACUUGUAAUUUGUACAUGUUCAUCUACAAAGGCAUUUCUGCAAAUGGCAAAACAGCUCAGUAAUGGAAUUUCAACUGUUUUACAGCAAAUAUAAAAAUGUUCUUAAGUAAAGGGGUCUUACUCCUUUGACUAUAAACGUAGUAUUGAGGAAAGUUUGUUUCAUAUAUUUAUAUCUCAUUUGAGCAAAAUAUGCCACGGAGAGACUUUGUGAUCACAUUGUGUCCAUCAUGUGGGGGCAAAGUUGACCUUUUUAAUAUUCUAGAGGUCAGAUUACUUGAAAUUCUUUAUGAAAAUUGGUCAAAGCAUAUUAGUGGUAUCUGACCUAAAUAGGUCAGCCAGUUGUGAAACUGACUGAUGUGGGUUCUAACAGGUUAGUCAGUAGGUUAAAUUCAAGAAAAUACUUGUUAAUUUCCUAACGGUCACAUUGGAUUUUGCAAAAAAAGAGGAAUUUGCAUCUGUCAUUUCGAUGUUAAAUUAGUGUAUCGGACAACCCACAACAUUUACUAAACUAAAUGUCCCAUGACUAAUGAUGAUAUUACAGUAUUAGCUAAUUUGUGUAACAGAAGCUCAGGUGGGUUACCUUGGACCGUCCCGACCUUCUUGUUUCAACGUUGUUAAGUUUACUGUUUGGCACUUCGUGUUGUUGGUUAUUCAGAGACGGGUCCUAGUCUCUCGUUUGUUGUUGAUUUUAUUGAGAAACCGGUGCCGAACUUGUAGACUUUCUAGUAGUAAUGAAAUUUUUUAAAAUUAGUUUUGUUUGUUUGUUAUGCAUUGGUUUUCACAAUUAUGGAAAUAUAUAUAUAUAUUGGCAGACUUGAUAUAUUGAUGGAAGACUAGUUCACUUCAAUACAAGAAAUUUGUGAAUAUUAAAAGAAAGUUGUUGGUAGAACUUACUUUGAAUUAUGUGUUAAUAAUGUUUUGACUUAUUUUCGCCUAUAUAAAUUGUGUGCAGUAUAGAUUUUGUAUUACAUUCACUUGUUAUGUAUUGUUGUUACAUUUGUUACGGUCCAUGAAAUGGACUAGAACUUUAGUUAUUGUUAUUAAGCUGAGUAGUUCAUAUAAUCAUGUUACUAAAAAUGUUGUUGAAAUAGAGUAUAUGCCUUGUUAAACAGGGAAUGAAAUAUGUUAUGUUAUAAAGUGAGAUUUCUUCAUUUUGCCAAAAAUGCUUUUACUUUAACUAGGUGAAAAGAUUGUUAUUUUCAGAAGUGAUGUCUUAUACAUACAAAAAAUUAUAUGUUUUAGAUAAGAAAAAAAAGAUUAAGGAAAAAAUUAUAUAUAUAUAUAUAUAUACACUGCAUUCAGUAUAACUUAAUUAAUUCGAGGUAUUUUGUCAUUCAUUCAUACAUCAACUCUUGUGUUUACUUGCACUGUACUGGCCUUAUGCUUGCAUUCUGUCGAGUGUUAAUUUGUAUAUAUUGUAGCUUUUGCUGUUAUUUUCUCUGUCAAUACCUCAAGUUAACUCAUCAUGUGUUUUCCUAUUUGUUACAAAGGCAGGGCAGUCUGUAUUGAUCAUUUUACACACACAAACUAAAGUGUACAAUAAAAGUGCAUGUCAAUUGACUACUAAUUAAGAUUUUGUUAAUGUAUUAUUUACUAUUACUGGGUUUUAUGAUUACCUCAAAUGUUUCUUAUGUUUUACCGCUUCAACGCUAUUUCCAUUUCACACCUCACUCAUUUAUUGUCUUAACAUAUUUCAGAGACAUUUUAGCUGUCAGUUGUUCAUGAAUACUUUUCCUUAUAAAUUUAAGGAAUUUCAGUUACAUAAUUAUAAAAAGAGCAUUUAAAUAAGUCCUUUAAGUUGAUAAAAAUUAUGGUUAUAUUCAAUUUAAAAGUGAAAAAUGAUUUAUUUUUUGUCCAGCAUUCUUAAAUAAUUCUUGAUCAUCAAAACAGUUGUGUUAAACCCUCUUUUUUCACUGUACAUCAACUGUGAAAAAGUCAUGAAGUUUCUUCAAAAUCAGCCCCAAUUAAAAUACAAUUAUUACCUCCUUCACCUGGAAAUACCUCAUUACACAUCUCUUGUAAGUAUUGUCAGGUAUUUGUCGAUUAAAGAGUUUAUAAAUUGUGCAUUGAUUUAAUUUGUUAUUGUAAUAAAUAGUUGUACUAGUGAGAGUAUUGUUUUGACAUUGUACUGGACUUCUUAUUUUAAGUGUUUGAUAUACUAGUAUAUUUUGUGUUUGUUUUAUUUUGUUUUGUAAAUUUUGUUUUAAAGUGCUAUUUCUGUUUAGAAUUAUAAACACCUCAUUGCAUUUUUUAAAUUUUAACUUAAAAAAAAAAGUUUUUCUCCUGAGUGCAAAUGUUGCCAAGUAAUUCAGUCUUGUGAGCCUAAUCAUCAUAAGACUUUAAAUAUGUGAGCUGUGUCUUGCGAAAAUUUGUCUUUUACGAUAUGGGGCCAGUGUAGCUCCUGACCAGACAGUACAGGCACUGUCUACUAUAAAACCAGGCAAGACUUUAUUAGCAGUCAGCGUAGGUCCUGACCAUACUGUGCGAAUGUGCAUGCUGGUUUGCAGCUACGGCGACAGCAUAUGUCACAAGACCCAUUUUCGCAUAAUGCGGGUCAAAUAUUCAGUACUUGAUGUUUAAGAUGCAUGUAGCAAUUUUAGCAAAUUUAGGUUCCAGAAUUUGGUGGAAAUAGAAAAAAGAAUAUUUAAAAAUAUGCUUACUGAAAUUAAUAUUUUUUAAAUAGGAAAUUUACUUAAUCAAUGGAUACAUUAGUAAAUGAAUACACAUGUAGUUAGUAAGUACGUGUUAAUGUGUUACUAAUUCUGGCAAUAUAACAAAUAGGGCUAUAAUUUUAUGUUUAUAUAAAUUAGCUUAUUAUGUAUUUUUUUCAAAUAACAUUCUAACAAAAAUUAGUAAACUUUGUACCUGAGUUGCAAUUUAGGAAAAUAAGUUAUUUCUAACCACAUCAUGGACAGGUGAAUUUUCCUCAGUUAUUUUUAGAUCACCUGUCUGAAAUAGAUCAUUAACCCUUUACCACUUAGAAAAGUAUUUUGACGCAUUUGUAGUCCCUUAGAAAGUUAUAUUUAAUUUAAGACCUUUCUUACUAGAUUCAACUCUUUAAGGCUUCAAUGCCGACAUUUAGAUUCUGAUGAGCUGUUCUGGUUUUAUGCUGUUUGCACAUAGCCAUUUUUACUUUGCUUCUGAGUAGGAAAGGGUUAAACUAGUGAAGUUCAGUGGUGAAUUUAAGAUUUGCUUUGUUACUAUUCUGUACCGUGGUUGUUUAAAAAAAAAUUAAUUUACACUUAAAUUUAUGUUUGUAACUUCAUACAAUGUUUACUGAUACUGAAUAUCAUGUAUUUUUGUUAUAUGAAUGUAUAACAAAAUGAUUGUCUGUUAGAAUUUUUCUGUAAUCUAAUAAGCUACAAUGUUUGUUAAACACAAAAGGCACUGUUAAAAUUGCAAUUUGCUUCACUUUAUGAUGACUGGUUAAAAUGCAGUAUUUCUUUUUUAACAAGGGCUGUUUGUAAAACAUGCAUGCCCCCCAUAUGGGCUCUAAGUUGUAGUGACAGCCAUUUUGUAAAUAUGUUUUUUAUCACUGUGACCUUGACCUUUGACCUAGUGACCUGAAAAUCAAUAGGGGUCAUCUGCGAGUCAUGAUCAAUGUACCUAUGAAGUUUCAUGAUCCUAGCCAUAAGCUUACCUGAGUUAUCAUCAGGAAACCAUUUUACUAUUUCGGGUCACUGUGACCUUGACCUUUGACCUAGUGACCUGAAAAUCAAUAGGGGUCAUCUGCCAGUCAUGAUCAAUGUACCUAUCAAGUUUCAUGAUCCUAGGCAUAAGCGUUCUUGAUUUAUCAUCCGGAAACCAUAUAACUAUUUCGGGUCACUGUGACCUUGACCUUUGACCUAGUGACCUGAAAAUCAAUAGGGGUCAUCUGCUAGUCAUGAUCAAUCUACCUAUCAAGUUUCAUGAUCCUAGGCAUAAGGGUCCUUGAAUUAUCAUCCGGAAACCAUUUUACUAUUUCGGGUCACCGUGACCUUGACCUUUGACCUAGUGACCUGAAAAUCAAUAGGGGUCAUCUGCUAGUCAUGAUCAAUCUACCGAUGAAGUUUCAUGAUCCUAGGCAUAAGCGUUUUUGAAUUAUCAUCCGGAAACCAUAUUACUAUUUCUGGUCACAGUGACCUUGACCUUUGACCUAGUGACCUCAAAAUCUAUAGGGGUCAUCUGUGAGUCAUGAUCAAUGUACCUAUGAAGUUUCAUGAUCCUAGGCCUAAGCGUUCUUGAGUUAUCGUCUGACAACCACCUGGUGGACGGACAGACCGACCGACCGACAGACAGACCGACAUGAGCAAAGCAAUAUACCCCCUCUUCUUCGAAGGGGGGCAUAAUAAAAGUCGUAAUGUCUGUUUGAAUAUUUUGAUAACUUUUUAUUUGACUAUGAUUUUAGUAUAUUAUUGUAAACUUUCUGGGUGUUUUUAGUUUUAAAGUUAUAACUUUGUUAUUUUUUGUGAACAUUUUCCUUCUUUACCAUAGGGCAAUAAAAGUAUUUGUUGUA